AUGUCCCUUCUUGCACAUUACUGCAGCAUAUAUAGACCGUGUUUUCUUGGCAUUCUUGAGCCCAAGUCUAGGUUCUCGGGGAUUCCAAGUUCUUUUUGGCGUUCUUUACACCUUGUCCCGGUUCACCAGAAUACUCGUGACAGACGUCGCUCCAAUAUCUGGGUUUUUGCUGAUCCGUCUCUUGUUCCGACAGUGGUGUUCUCUUAUGCUCAGGUGGUGGUCAUCCGUUGCUCUCUUUUGGGGACUUUAUGCACUCUGGCUUUCACUCACGCCUCUUGUAAUUAUGUGGAGCGCCGUCAGCUCUGGUUAGACAUGAUUCCUUUCAUUGGAGGCCCUUCUCUUAUGAUUGGAGAUUUCAAUGCUAUUUUAGGGGCCCAUGAGCGACGGGGGCGUCGCGUUCCGGCUUCUACCCCCUGUGAUGAGUUCCGUGCUUUCAUUGAUGAUCAUGAUUUGAUUCAGCCGGAUACCUCGGGUCCUUUCUUCACGUGGACUGACAGACGGAGAUUCCCUUCUCCUAUUGAGUCGGUUCUUGACCGUGCUCUUUUCUCUCAGGGUUUCGCUGAUAUUUGGUAUUCUUCUACCUCAAUUGUUCUUCCUAGGCUUGGGUCUGACCAUUCCCCCAUUUUGUUGCGAUGCCAGGACACUGCUAAUCCUCCUGCUGAACGUCGGUUUCGUUUUCUGAAUAUGUGGUGCUCGCAUGAGGGUUUCCUUGAUCAAGUCCGUGCUUCUUGGACUCUGCCGCUGGAUUAUCUUUGCCCGAUGGUCAGGGUUAUGAAAAAGUUGAAGAGACUUCGACCGACUCUCAAGACCUGGAACAGAGACGUUUUUGGGAACUACAAUACUACUCUUGCCGAGCUUCAACAUGAUCUGAGCUCUCUUCAGGAAAAUAUUGACGAACAAGGUUAUACGGAGGAUUUUUUCGAUCAGGAGGUCAGUUUGCAAGCUCGUAUUGGUUCGACUCUCAUGCGCAAGUCUGAACACUUGAGGCAGCAAAGUCGGGUUUCUUGGCUUUCCGACGGGGAUAGGAACACUCGCUUCUUCCACUCUAUGGUCAAAUGGCGUCGUUCCAAUCAAAAUAUCAAGCAGCUUAGCAUUGAUGGGGUUAUCUCGGAGGACCCGGUUGUCAUGGCGAAUCAUGUGAUCCAGUUCUACGAGGAUCUCUUCUCUGAGCCUGUCUCUGCGCCUGUGGACAGAUCGUGGAUUUCUGGUUAUAUCCCUGCUUUGAUUACUUCGGCCCAGGCUGACAUGCUCACAGCCAUUCCUUCGGCUGAUGAUAUUCGUUCGGCCGUCUUUGCCAUGGAUAGGCAUAGCGCUCCUGGCCCGGAUGGGUUUAACCGGGCCUUUUUUCAGCACUCGUGGGAGGUGGUGGGGGAGGAUUUAGUUGCUGCGGUUUGUAGGUUCUUCACUCAUAGCUAUCUUCCUCAUGGUCUGAACUCCAAUUUGCUUUGCCUUCUCCCCAAGAAGACCAAUGCGGUUCUGGUCUCGAAUUUUCGGCCCAUUGUGCUGGGAAACUUCUUCUUCAAAAUCAUCACUAAGAUUCUGGCUUCUCGGUUGAAUGCGGUGGCUGCUGUUAUUGUCUCGGCCAAUCAGUUUGGGUUUAUCUCUGGGCGAUCCAUUCAGGAAUGUAUUUUGCUGGCCUCCGAAGGCGUAAAUUGCAUGGAGCGCUCGGCACAGGGGAAAAACAUGGCUCUGAAAGUCGACAUUAGGAAAGCUUUUGACACUCUGAGUUGGGAUUUUGUGGAGGUGGUUCUCGACAGUUUUGGUUUUCCUCAGAUGUUUAGACAUUGGAUCAGAGUUAUCUUUCAGUCUGCCAGAAUUUAUAUUCUCUUCAAUGGGGAGCAGCAUGGUUUUUUUGGUUGUUCUCGUGGGGUGCGACAGGGUGAUCCCCUUUCUCCUGUCCUUUUUGGACUUGCCGAUGAGGUUCUGAGUCGCCUUCUCUGGGAUGCUGCUGACAGGGGGUUUAUUGCUCGUAUGAGGAUGUCUCGCAAGGCUACUCGGCGCAGCUGCCGGAUGAUUGAGUCGAUUCUUCAGAUUUAUGCCUCUGUUUCUGGACAGUUCUGCAAUAAGGCCAAGUCUACGAUUUUCUUUGGCAAGGGUGUUUCUGCUCAGAUGCGACGUAGGCUUCAGCGAGAUCUUGGUUUCGCCACUGGCUCUUUGCCGUUUGUUUAUUUGGGCGUACCUAUUUUUGCUGGUCGUGCUUCUGCUGCCCGUCUCAUCGGCAUUCGUGAUCGCAUUAUUGCGCACUUUCCUAGAUGGCAGGGCAUGCAGUUAUCUAUGGCGGGCCGGCUUUGCCUGGUUACUUCCGUCAUUCAGAGCGCAGUGGUUCAUAGCAUGCUGAUCUAUAAGUGGCCGGCAAAAUUGCUCCACGAUUUGGAUAGGGCCUGUCGGUCUUUUAUCUGGACUGGUUGUACUACCACCAAGCCUAAGUCGUCGGUGGCUUGGAAUAGGGUUUGUGCUACCAAAGCACAAGGGGGGCUUAAUGUGAAGUCUUUUACUCACAUCAGCCAGAGCUUCCAGAUGCGUUUAGGUUGGCUGCUGCUUACUGCGGACUCUUUUGGCUUCCAAUUCUUCCGUCAGCGGUAUCUGGAUGAGUGCUUGAGACCCCGUUCACUGUGGUUUUCUUCUACUAUCUGGUUGGGUACUCGUUCCGUCAUCCAUUCUCUUGUCAGUGAUACUCACUGCUCCAUUGGCACCGGCUCUUCUAUUCUCUUUUGGAUUGAUAACUGGCUUGGGUAUCGACUGGUCGACAGAAUUGGUAUUCCGACUGCUGUUCAUCAUUCUCUUAUGCACUCGGUCUCGGACUACUUCUUUGAUGAUACUUGGCACUUCACCCUGGAUUUCUUGCAGACCUUUCCGGACAUAGCUUUUGACAUUGUUUCGGUUCCUAUUGGAGGGGGGUGGAUCGACGUGCCUGGACUCAUUCUCAUUUUGGUGAGUUCUCUUCGUCGCUCUGGUUUUAUUGGCCCGGGCUGGUGCCCCAUUUGCCGGAAUGCUUCUGAGGAUAUUGAUCAUCUGUUCUGGGAUUGUACUAUUGCUCGACAGAUCUGGUACUCCCUUUUCACUUGGUUCCGGGUGGACAUCCCGUUUGUUCAUGAUAUUGGGAGUCUGAUCCUUUGGGCGAUGAAGGAUCCGGCUAGCAAGCAGGUUGAUAAUCUUUGGAGGAUUGGAGUCAUGUCCACUGUUUGGAGCAUCUGGAAUAUGCGCAACAGAGUUGUGUUUGAUGGGGCUACGGUCUCUGCGACUGCGGUUUCGGUGCAGAUCAAAGCUUUUAUUUUGGAGACUUCUCGUUCCUGUUUGGGGGAGAUGGCUAACUCGGUUGAGGAGCUGUUGAUUCUUCAUGGCCUUGGUGUUCCGGGAAGAUCCCGUCGUCCGCUCUCGUAUGUCUAUGUCUACUGGACCCCUCCCCCGGCCCCGUGGCGCAAAAUUAAUAUUGAUGGUUCUGUUCACGGCUCCCCUCUUCACAUUCAUGUUGGAUGCGUUAUUAGAGACUCGUCUCGAGUUCUGGGCUGUUUUAAUUUCUCUGUUGGGCGUGGUUGGGCGUUCGAGGCGGAGCUGCUUGCUCUCGUCAUUGCUUUGGAGCAGACGGUCUCUCAUGGUUGGAGUCAUGUUUGGAUUGAGACUGAUUGCACCUAUCUGGUGGACCUUUUCCGGUCGCGUUCUGACACUGUUCCUUGGAGAUUCCUUAGCCGUUGGCGUAAGGUCCUUUCUUCUACCGUGAAUUUCCAUAUUAUUAUUACUCACAUCUACAGGGAAGGGAACCGGGUUGCGGACUGCUUGGCUUCUUCGGUGGUGGAAGAAGGUUACUGGAAUUUUGCGAUCCCGGAGAUUCUCCAUCUGGUUCGCGAUGACAGAAGACAGUUGCCUUACAUUCGGAUUACUUUUUACCUCUCUUACGCUUUUGGUUCUGUUUGGAUCUUCGAGGAUCUGGUUCGUGUGGUGGGAUCGGUGAAAAGCUCGAAGGACGGCGUUGAACUUUGCUAUGGUGCUCGAGGUUUGCUCUGGAGUCGAGGCCUGCUUUGGCGCGGUGCUCCGCUCUGGCGUUGA